UUUGUCUCAAAUGCAGGUGAAAACUUAUCUCUACUGUUGGUGUCAUGGGAGUAGAGAACAAUGAAAGUCUUGACCUCCUAUCAGUCUUCCUGACUGGCAUUCCAGGAUUGGAGGCCCAACAUUGCUGGCUCUCCAUUCCCUUUUUCAUCAUGUACAUGGUUGCCAUUGUGGGCAACAGCCUAAUCAUGGCAGCAGUGAAACAAGAGUCAGCUCUCCAUGAGCCAAUGUACCUGUUCCUCUCCAUGCUGGCCAUCACUGAGGUGGGAGUCUCUGUGUCCACACUGCCCACUGUUAUGGGCAUUCUUUGGGUUGAUGCCUACAGAAUUGACUUUGAUGGAUGUUUGGCACAAAUGUUCUUCAUUCACACUUUCUCUGGCAUGGAGUCGGGAGUCCUGUUGGCCAUGAGUUAUGACCGCUUUGUAGCCAUCUAUAAUCCUCUGCGCUAUACAGCCAUUCUAACUCUGCCUCGGAUCAUAUCCAUGGGACUGGGUAUUACACUAAAGAGUGUUGCACUCAUGGCCCCACUUCCAAUUCUUUUAAAACAACUACCGUACUGUCACAUAAAUAUCCUCUCCCAUUCCUAUUGCCUUCAUUCAGACUUGAUCCAACUGCCUUGUGCAGAUACUAGGCUGAACAGCAUCCUGGGGUUGGCCAUUGUCCUGGCCACUUUUGGGCUAGAUUCAUUACUCAUUGUGGUCUCUUAUGGGCUCAUUCUGUACACAGUGAUGGGUAUUGCUUCUGGUGAGGGUCGAAAGAAGGCACUCAACACAUGUGUGUCACACAUCUGUGCAGUGCUUAUAUAUUAUGUGCCUAUGAUUGGUGUGUCUGUGAUGCAUCGAGUUGCCAAGCAUGCAUCACCAGUGGUCCACACCCUCAUGUCGAGCAUCUAUCUGUUUGUGCCACCAGUGCUCAAUCCUAUCAUAUACAGUGUGAAGACCCGUCCAAUCCAACAGGGAAUUGCCAACUUAUUAUUUUGUAAGAAGGGAUUGAUCUGAAUCACACACUCAG